AUGGUAUUAGAUGACAGAGUUGUUUCCCUACCCUCUACCCUACCACCUGAUGCCACAGUAGCCUCUCUGAUUGAUGCUGAAGAAGGAGUAUGGAAGAAGGAGGUUGUCCAAAGCCUUUUUCUUCCUUAUGAAACCGAGGUGAUACAAGGAAUAGCAUUGAGCUCUAAUUUGCUAGAGGAUAGACAGGUUUGGGCCAUAACAGCAAAUGGACAUUUCAGUGUGAAAAAUGCUUACAAGUUAGCUGUAGAGAUGAACUUAGGGGUUGCUUAUGGGGCAGUUUCUGAUGAUAGUAAUUUCAAAAAGUUUUGGAAGUAUAUUUGGAAGGUAAAUGUUCCCCAUAAAGUCUGCCAUUUUACAUGGAGAGCAUGUAAGAACAUUCUACCUACUAAAGAUAAUUUAGUGAAAAGGAAGGUCUUAUCUGAUGGCUGCUGUGACGAGUGUAAAGCUGAGGUGGAAUCAUCGGACUUACUGUGGUAUGUAGUCAUGAUAGCUAAAUGGGAACAAGACAUGAUAGAGAAGAUCAUCAUGAUUUCAUGGAUGCUGUGGACUAAUAGGAAUGAAGUUAGGAAUGGUGGGGUGAAGAAAUCUGGGAAGGCAGUAAUUCAUGGUGCAUUAAAUUAUUUAGGGGAGUAUCAGUCCAGUCAAGCUGUCAAGAUUAUGCAAACAACGAAAUGCCCUACCUCAUGGACUCCUCCAUCUCCAACUUCUUAUAAGAUCAACGUGGAUGGAGCUAUCUUUGUAGCUAAUAAAUCGGUAGGUGUGGGCAUUCUGAUCCGAGAUGAAUACGGUAGGCUGGUUGGGGCUGGCAGUAAAAAGCUAAGGUUGCGUUUGGUUCAAUGUAAAUCAAAUUUCGAGUGUAAAAUGAAUGCAAGGGAAAGUUAA